AUGAAGGUCCUCGUUGUCUUCACCGCCGUCGCCGCCGUCGCCAACGCCGGAGUACUCCUCUCCUCUGGAAACUCCGUUCAGCACCGUUCUGAGGAUGGUCUUGGAAACUACGCUUUCGGAUACAACGAGCAGCACUCGACCGGAGGAUCUUCCCGCCAGGAAUCUGGAUCUCCAGGAGUUAAGGUCGGAUCUUACAGCCUCAACGUCGCUGACGGACGUCAACGAACUGUGAACUACGUCGCCGACGGUGCUGGAUUCCGUGCCUCGAUCGCCACCAACGAACAAGGAACCGCGCCCUCUCUUCCCGCCGCUGCCGCGUACAACGCUGCUGCCGCUCCGAUUUCCGCGAUCGCCGCUCCCGCUGCUGCCAUUGCUGCCCCCGCUGCGGCUAUCUCCUCCUCCUUCCAAGCCAUCGCCGCCGCUCCCAUCGCUGCCGCUAGCGCCAUUGCCGCUCCCAUUGCUGCUUCCUUCCCCUCCUACGCUGUCGCCCCCGUCGCGGUCGCGAAAUCCACUGCCUACUCUACCGCGGUGAAUCACGGUGCGAUCCACGCUGCUCCCAUCGCUGUCGGCGCUCCUGCCUACGCUGGCAUCGCCGCUCCUGCAGCCAUUGCCGCUCCUGCUAUCGCAGCUCCCGCCGCCUACGCCGCCAACGUGUACGCCCCCUCAGGGGCCUGGGCUCAUGGACUCUACGGCUACGGCUACAACCACGCCGUCCGCGCUUGGUAA